AGAAAAAAAUGUCGGAAGUACCGACAAUAGGAAAUCAAGUUGAGGGUAGAUAACACGGACGGUCAAUGCUGAUGAGUGUGUUGUGGCUCCAUUAAUGCUUUAGUGCCUCUAACCAGUUUGCAAUGCUAGAAAGCAUUACCGUUCUUGAAAAUGUCGUCGAAGGGACGGCAGAUUGCAAAGAGCAUUGGCAAAUCAAUCAAGAGAAAGUUUGAGGCUGACUUUUUUCAAUUUCCCUUUGGUUUAGAAGAGCAACAGCGAGAUUUGAUUUUCCUGCCUGCUCCUCCCUUUAAUACUUCACCUCACGGCAGUCCUCCGUUGUCAGUCCGCAAACUUAUGCAACAAAAGAUGCAGUCGUUGCCUUCACCCAAGAAAAGCAGUUCUCUGGGAACAAUCGCGACAGGCGAUCAGCAGAAUCCAGGGAUGAUUGAUCAUGAUGAAAUCAUAGCUUUGACGCAUGAUGUGAAGAAGUUUUCAGAUUCCUUGGCAAAAUUGAAGCUUCUCUUCACCGAAGGAAUAGAUCCAGAGGAAGAUGUGCGGGUGGUCAUUCACGAGGGACUGGGUGAAGUCCUGUCUGUGUUGAACCCAGUCAUGCAGCAUUACCAGGACCUGCAGUCCCCUGACAUAUUCACUGCAGCCCGCAACCUUAUCACUAUGAUAAAGGAUCAUGACUAUGAGGGAGAAAUGUCAGCUGUUGAUGUUCAAGGAUUCUGUGAGGCCAUAGACCAGCUUGCUCUUGCCUUUAGUAGCAGUGUGUCAGAAUACCUGAUGGGUGAUAUGGGUCCACAGAUGGUCAUGGACUUAAAAACAAAGUCAAUGAACAACAUUGCUGUUGCAGAAGGAGAUGAACAUAUGGAUGAUCAUGAUGCAGACAUGAUCAGUAGCGAAGAACUUGAUUCCAUCCUUGUGAGUCUGGACACAGGCCUGACCAUUGCCCUGCAGAGAGCCAAAGUGUGGUCCAAAUACUUGCUGGACAUUGUCACCUACAUAGAGAAAAAGGCCCAGUUGGAGAUAGAUUAUGCUAAGAAUUUGUCUCGAGUGGCCCAUUCUGUCCAGAACAGUCUGAAAAAGGAGGGUUUUCUACCAUUGCAGUCAGUGUAUUGCACAGCUCUGAGUCAGGAUGUUGAGUUUGCCAGCAACUUGCAAGCUACUCAAGCUGUUCUCCACUCUCACAAGUUUGUUGAGCCUUUGUCGUCUCGUAGAAUGGAACAUGACAAAGUGUAUAAGUCUGUCAAAGAUGUAUGGCACCGCGAAUACCGCAGAAUGUCUGACUCGGUUACAAAUCUACGCAAAGCACAAGCACUGUACCACAGCCGACAGCAAGAUCAUGAGAGAGCAAGAGAUCUGGCUCUAAAAGCAGAUGGAGAGAAGGUAGAAAAGAGGAGAAAGGCCGAGGAGGAAACCUUGCACAAGGCGGCUGAAGCAGAAACAACUUACAAAGCUUGCGUUGCUGAGGCUAAUUAUCGACAGCAAGAACUUUUUAAAGUGAAGAAAGAACAACUGGCCAGAAUCAGGGAACAGAUUCAGCUUUGUGAUCAAGUUAUUCAGUCUGCAACGGUGGAAUACUUCCAGCUGUAUCACACCGUGAUCUCACCCAUACCUGUGCAGUACCAGACUCUGAGUGACAGCAGCAAGAGCUAUGAGCCGGGCAGUCAGUAUGCAGAGUACAUCCGGAGGCUGCCUCUAGGCAGUCGGCAUGUGCAGCCAGAAGUCUUUGUCUUUGAGCCUUACGUACAUGGACAGAAAGCUUCCCCUGAGGGCAUUCGGAAAGAAAGCUUCCACUCCAAUGGCUCUAUGGCAGAUCCUUUGCACUCUCCAGAGGGCUCCCCCACCACUUCACCCCGCAGAGACAAGUAUCGCAUCCCUGUGAAAGCCUGGGGCCAGCAGCCGCACGGUACUGGGACGUCCGACACGGACAGCAACUCGUGCAGCUCCAAGUCCCACGAGUCCUCGCCGAGUGGAAGUCCUCACAGAGCCUCGCGGAGGCAUCUCAUCUCCAGCCAGUCCUUGGAUGAGCUCACGGAGGAGGAAAUCCUUGCUGCUUCUGCCCAGAAUGGCCAGGAGAAACGAAGUCAGAUGAAGCGGACCAUGACUCUCGGCGGGGAGGAGAACCUAGACAUACCUGGAUUGCUAAUGCACCACAGAGGGCGACGCAACACAACCUUUGGUGUGGAUUUCCAGGAGCAGGUGGACACCUUCCAGACCACAGUACCGCCCAUCGUGUCCAAGUGCCUCAUGGAGAUUGAGAGGAGAGGAGUUAUGAUCAAGGGCAUCUACCGCGUGUCUGGUGUGAAAAGCAGGGUGGAGCAGCUGUGCCAGAAGUUUGACAUUGACCCAGAGGCUGUGGACUUGACGGACAUUCCACCAAAUAUCAUCUCCAACGUGCUCAAACUUUAUCUCAGACAGUUGCCGGAGCCUCUUCUCACCUUCAGACUUUACUCUGACUUUAUUCACACUGCCAAGGAGAACAUGUCUGGCCAACUGCUUGGAGACAACUUGGUCGCACAUCUGAAGACACUUGUGGCGAAAUUGCCAUCGUCAAACUUACGCACUUGUGCUGUUCUCAUGCAUCAUUUGCAGAGAGUGGCAGCCCAUGCAGACCUCAACCACAUGAGUGCUAGCAAUCUGGGAAUUGUGUUUGGACCCACAUUACUUCGACCUUUGGAAGGAUCAGCAUCAUUAGCCUCUUUAGUGGAUACGCCACAUCAGACUCGUGCAAUAGAUCUGCUCAUCACAAAUGCUCAUGUUAUUUUUGGCCCUAGUGAGGACUUUCAAGUGGCCCCAAGCCAGACGCCCAUCGAGCAGCUGAACCAAGCUCUGGAUGGUGUUUUAAUGCCUGGUCAGCAUUUAGCAGACCAUGCGCAGAUGCAGAAGCAAAAGCAAAAGUCACCUGAUGUCAGCUCCCAGGCGGAGAGUCAGGCUGCGGUGGUGGUCAGUGAACCAGCGGUCCCUUCAGCAGCUUCCAGUGCCACACAGCCGUGUGCCUCUGAAUAUCUCCUCCCUGGCUCUGUUAGUCAGGAAUUGCAGGACUGUCAGAAUCUCUCUGUCAAUGUGCCAGGAACCAGUGGCACCUCCACGGCGCAGCCUGCGACUGAAGAGAGCUCAUCGACACCGCAGUCAGAGCCCUACCUAAAGAAGCCCACCGUGACCAAGUCAGCCUCCUCCCCCCUGGUCUCGCACCGCACUUACCCCAGCCAGAUGAUGACCUCCUCCGCCUCUGUCCCCGGCGCCUCCGACAGUUCGGGCACGGACAUGGCCUCUGCCCUCUCCUCCGCUGCCUCUGGUAUGGCGGCCUCCCUGCUGAGGUCUUCCAGCAGCUUUACCUCCUCCCAGCUCUCCUCCACAUUAGGCUACCACUCCCUCACCACCUCCGCUUCCACUGGAUCGUUCAGUAGCCAGGAUUUGGAGACCAGAGGAAUGUCAAAGUCCCCUGUUCCGAUGACGGAAGAGGUUGCCAAGUUGUCAGUGGAGACGAAACCGUCUGGAGAGGAAGGAAACACUGAAUGCUCGGCAGGGGAAAAACAGAAGCUGGAGGAGCUGGCCAGGAAGAAAGCCCACUCUCACCAGCUGGAGAACAUUAAAUACCUGACCAAAGCUCCCAGUGUGGAGGAGACAGGCGACAACUUUUACCCCAAGAUAAACCUGGUCUCUAGUGGUGGUCUCCCUGUCACACACAGCCUCCCAUGCAUGCCCAAGAUGAAUGUUGUACCUGCAGAUGCAGUGGUAGAUAGCAGCAGUCCUUCGCAUACAGAAACAACAACAGCAGUCACAGCAGAACAAGAGCCUGUUCCUGUCUCAACAACUGACCAACCUGUGCAGAAUGUGCCGGAAGCACCACCACCACCACCACCACCAUCAUCAUCGUCGUCAUCAUCAUCAGCUGCGCCAAAUGCCGCAGCUACAGGCAAACCCUCGGCCGUCCUGAGACAACCUAUGGUAGAUAACAGAGGUUUCUCCUCGCGGAAAUCUGUCCUGGAGGAAAUGCCGAUCCCAACGGUGAGCAAGCCAAUGAGCCCAACGUCUGAUGGCUCUGAGACAGGCGGAGCGGAGGAAGGGCCAGUUCCCGCUGUCACUUUACCCGCGAGUCCCACCAUAAAGCGUAGAGAGAUGCCCAGCCGUAUACCCACUAGUCCUACCAUCCCGCGCCAUGGCAUGGGCGCAAAGCGUGGUGAUAAGGGAGACAAACGAGCUGACCAGUUCAAGCUAGAACAGAGAAAGCUAGUUAUGGCCAUCAAGUCGGACGCGAAGAUAACGGGGCCCGAGGAUGACAAGAAGUCUGAAUCUGAUCAAGUAUUGGUCACUGGUGCUGUAAGCCCGCGGGCAAGUACAAGCUCUUCCCCGAAGGUGAAAAGAAAGUCCGGGCUGUUUGACGAUGCAUUAAGCGGUGGUUGUGCCUUGUCUGCUUCAAGUCACAUGGUGCCCCAGGAACCUAAGCCGACACCACAAUCAGCAGAGGAAGUCAAGCCGAAGACAGAAUCACCACAGGAAGUUGAGAUGAAAAUGGAGUGUGAAGAAAAGUUGGAGACGCCUAAAGAGAGUUGUGCUGCACAACAAGGAAUGUUUUCACCUGAAGUGAAAAAAUCCACCACAAAGGCUUCAGGUUCUCCUGUGUCCAGCCGCUCGUCAGCAAGCAGUCAUACUUCUGUAGGGCAGAGUAAAACUGGGGCCAGGUCCAAGUCUGAUACCUCAAAGAGCGACGGUCAAAGUAGCCCUCGGCAAAAAACUUCCACCAUCUCCGAGGGAGGAGUCAGACCAGGAGUUGGGCGGGGCAGAGCGCUGGCUAUGCCAUCCACUGUGUUCACAAAGAAGUCGAGUCCAGCCUCUUCCCCGGGGAAAGGUUCACCAAAGGUUGGUAGUGGCUCCACCCCGUCUUCCACCAGACCGCUAUCAUCUCCAGCUGCUUGUUCCCUGACGAAGAGAACUGCUGCCGACCAAAACUCUUCUCCCUCCUCCACUCGAGCAUCGACGUCGAGUUCAGCCAAACAGUCGGGUGAAGGAUCUAGCCCGUCUGCCACCCCAAAGUCUGGUUCCCCCUUGGCUAAGAAGUUGUCUGGUAGGAGCACCGACUCCCCUGCUGCUUUUUCUACAAGAUCCACCCUGAAGAGCUCUGGCAGCGGGCCAAAGACUGGAUCACCACCGAAAGGAGAUGUGGCUGCUCGAGUAGAGAGAUUUUCUUCCUCUUCAACGUCUCAGUCCUCAUCUUCUUCUUUGUCAUCUCGGCAACGAAAACCUUCGGGUGAGGGAGUAAGUGCGUCUUCAAGUCGGACGCCGACAAAGCCAGUACUGAGGAAAACGUCUAGUGGCAGUAGUGGGGGCGCUGUGGGGUCCUCGGGCAGUCCACGGAGGAUUCAUGAGAGAUGUCAGCAGGAAAAACCAUCACCAAGCCAGACCACAGGCAAGUCUAGUGCCUCAAGUGCUGGAAAGACCAGCUCCUCCCGGCCAGCACAGCUGUCAUCUAGUACCACGACAGCCACAACAGCGACAUCCUCAUCCUCGCCUGUGACAACACCAACAUCAACAACGGGGAAGCUUUCUCAAGACAGAACCCCUAGAUUUGUGUAAAUUUAUGGGGUGAAGGUGGGGGAGGGGGUUGAGGUUUAAUCAUGAAACAGAUGCCAUGGAAAUUCUCUGACUUGUCAUGUGACUGGGACUUUUUCGAUAUUUUCAAUACAGUAUGGUUUAGUCUUUGUGUAUCAUUGUCAAGGUGAAAACACUCAUGUUAAAGCAGCGAGCUGCUCUACGGCCUUGUCUGGCUGGGAUCAAUGUAUUCUCUCUUAUAUCUUAUUCUGUAAUUUUGAUCAUGUUCCUUUAUCUGCUGGUGAGUGAUGCUUGAAAGACACGGGAUGAAAAGCGUACUUUUGUAGCUGCAUACCCUGAGUAGCAUGUCGUAUUAUAUGUCCAAACAGUUCUUUCUUAUGUGUGCACUCGGUUGUCACAAUCAGUAUGGUUGAUUCGGCCCAGGACUAAGUCCUGAAAUUAGUCUUCUUUUUUUUGUAUUUGCUAUAUUGUAGUUCCAUGUUUUAGAUUUUAUACUAAAGAAGGCCAGCCACCGACUGAAAAGGAAAGUCUUUUUUUUUUUUUUUUCACUUGGCACUCUGUUCUGUGAUCAUUUGUAGUCUUCUUACUUUUGUUAUAGGAGCAUUGCGUUUGUUGUAGAUGUGAGCCUAUUAUACUCUGAAACAUUUUGUUUACAGAGGUAUUACCUCAUUACUUUCUUUUUCUUCUAGUCAACAUCCACCCUGAGUAUGUAUUUAUUUGUUCAUAUUGAAAUCCACUACUUAAGCAAUUAAUUUCUGCAUUCUUCUAAGGGUGUGCAUUGAUAGGAGGAGAUGGAAUCCCGGGGAAGAGUUUCACAUCGUAAAAACAGCUGUUUUUUAAAGAAGUUUUAAGGAAGUUGAAAAAUACUUAGUCAUGCAAAAAAA